AUGGAAUCCAUCUAUAAGGAAGUUAAAAAAUUGUACUGCUUUUAUAGCUGCACCAAAGGGUGUCUUCUACCUCUGGGUUUUGGAUAUGAUAAGUUUCAUGAUGAUUAUAAGGUAGUGCGUAUGUUCUAUGCUGUUAAUGGUGGCAAUUCAUGUGAUGUUAAGGUCGAAAUAUAUAGUUUAAAGAGUGAUUCUUGGAAGGAAAUUGAUGGUUUCCAAUGUGGGAAGAUACACUCUUGUUUGGGUAAGUUGGUGAAUGGGAAGCUUCAUUGGAUUACGACUGGUGGUCAUCCUGGGAAUAAUGAUGGGGUCAUCAUUUUUAUUGAUUUGGCUGACAAGAAAUGGGUAACGUUGGAGCAGCCUUGCCAUGGAGAAGGUGAGUUCUAUUUUAAGCUUGGAGUGUUGGGAAGUGAUCUUUCCGUGUUUCGUACUUAUCAAAGUACUUGGGCCGAUGUAUGGAUUAUGAAGGAAUAUGGGGUCAAAGAGUCUUGGGCAAAAAUUUAUACCAUCAAAUUUGAUGAGGAUAUUCCUAAGCAUGGGCGGUCUCCAUUGUUUUGCAAGUCAAAUAAAGGUGAAAUUUUGCUUGCGCUUGGAUCAAGAUUCAUGAUAUACAAUCCAAAGGCUAACUCGUUACGAUACCCAAAGAUUUCUAAAAGUUAUUUCUCUUUUUCUGAUGGAAUCUGA